GGAGGUCACGCGACUCGCUAAGAAACUCGCUCUCGAAUGCACUGACAAGCGAAUUCGUACCAACCUGCUUCAAGUUUGCGAAAGAAUUCCGACCAUCGGCACUCAGCUUAAGAUCCUGUCAACUGUUAAAGCUACCAUGCUUGGAGCUCAAGGAAGCGAAGAAGAUCAAGAAGCAACGGAGAUGCUUGUUGGAAACGCGCAGAACCUCAUGCAGAGUGUAAAAGAAACGGUAAAGGCAGCGGAAGGCGCGUCGAUAAAAAUCCGCACGGAGCAAGGUGGCUACAGGUUGCGUUGGGUUCGUCGCUCGCCCUGGUACCAGAUCUAGAGCGGCCUCCGAAACGGUACACCCGUUCGUGUAUUGGUUGAAAACAUAUUUGGGAGUUGGAUUUCACGUAAUAUUAUAACUAAACUUGAUUUCUUGAAAUUCUAUUUAUAAUAAUCGAGCUUUCAUAGUCGUAUCUUAAAAAAAACGCAAAUUAAUUGCCUCAACGAAUUAAAUUUCAUUUUUUUUUGAAGAACUAUUAAAUCAAAUAUGAUUUGUUUAAAUAAUGUUUAUAAUAAAUAAAUAUAUAUAGGAAUAACAAAUCAAUAUACCUUUUUUUUAAAUUCUAGUACUAUUAGAGCCCUUAAAGUUUCACAGGCACUAAAAAGUUAAGAAUAGGGUAGAGGACAUGUUACAAUGGAAAGCAUUUUGAAUUAAGCAAUUUUAGAUGUGAGCAAAAUUUCAUUCGUAGAUAUCUUUUUAUCGUAACUUGCAGUGUAAUUAAAAGAACCUUAUUACGAAUCUGAACUCUAAAUUUAUUUUAUGUAAAGUAGAAAGUUGUAUGACAGCGAUAUUAUGGAGCGUAUAAUAACCGAUAAAUGAAUGCUAUAUUCUAUUUAAUGUAUUUUUAUAUUAUAUAAAGAAUUGUAUUGCAAUAAUUUUGGGUAGGUUGUGUGAACAAACUGUAUUUGACCAAAUAUUUGGCAAGAUUUUUUUUCCUUUAGUCAUAACAAUUGACGUGGAAACGGGGCAUUCCAUAUUAGUCCUCAGGGGUGACAACGCAUCUGCAUUUUGAUUCUUUUUUUAAUCUGUGAUUGGUGUAGAUGUCUAUGGGUCAUAGCGUCUACUUACCAUCGGCUGUGCUCGUUUGUCGCCCUUGAAUUCUGGUAUAUUAUGUUCUAUAAAAAACUAAGAUAAUUGAUAAUAAACUUUAUGAUAUGGUGUUAUGAUCUGAAAUCAUUUGAUUCAAUUUGUUAGUAUAUUAUAAUUAAAAUAUUUUGAUUCUGGUCAUAUACAGGUUGUUUGAUUAUUUGACAACGAAAGAUUAUUUAAAGGAAGGUGGAGUAACCGAGUGUGAUUAUAAAAGCAAGUGCCAUGUAUUGUGCUUUAUAGUGUAUAACGUUAGGUAAACGUGAUGUAUGUAUGUCUGUUCAUAAUGUGGUAUGUUUACAUUUUUAAUUACACUUAACACACUACAACUAUCACGCGGUAUGUAAAAGAGUUAUAGUUUUUUUUGUUUUUGUGAGAAAUGUUACUUAGUAAAUGUGAUUUGGACCUUUGGUAUCGUGAAGACAUUUACGUGUAAAUUGCACAUGGAAAAUCAUCAUUGCAGAGCACUCAUUUCGAGUACGAGCAUAUCUCACGCUAUAGUAGUAGUACGAGUAAUUGGUUGUCACAGUUUUUGCCCGAUAUAGCGCAAUUCCAAAAUUACGUCCCACUGCUAUGCAUUUAUUUUAUAUAUUAUAUAUGUGUAGACUUCAUUUAAUCCGAACACCGAAUCCGGUUAUUUUCGAUAUAUAAUUUAUUUUUGUAAAACUCAUAUACGAGACUAGAGAAAUAUAAACAUAAUUACACAAAAAGUGAAAUGUCACAAAUAAAAUGGUAAAUACACGUUAUGAACAGUCAUCCAAUCAUAUCAUAUAGAGAGAUUAUAUUUAUAUAUGUAUUUUAAAGGUUUAAAAUAUAUGAUGUAUGUAACUCUGCAUAUUUUAAUAUGUAAUAUCAACGUGAACGAAAAGUAAAUUCAAUUGUAAGUUAUUUAACUAAUCACUUGCCUUGACAAAUGUGAAUGUAAACUGAAAUUAGUAAUAAGUGGAAUAUUAUAUAGUAUAUAGAAAGAAUCAGUCUGUAUAUAGGGGUGCCCACUAGUUGGAGCCACACGCAAGUGUGAGUAACGAUCCAAGAGCGAGUCUCAUCCGACACUAUUCCGAAGAUAUCCCGGAUGUCAGUCUGAGCGAGAUUAGGAUGGCUCUCCAGCGCCUUAAAAACGGUAAGGCCCCAGGCGAGGAUGGAAUUACAGCGGAGCUUCUGAAAGCGGGUGGAAGACCGGUACUUGAAGUCCUUCAGAAGCUCUUUAAUUCCGUCCUCCAUGGUGGCAUUACACCGGAGGCGUGGAGCAGAAGUGCGGUGGUCUUGUUCUUCAAGAAAGGUGACAACGCUCUCUUGAAGAACUACAGACCGAUUUCCCUUCUGAGCCGCGUCUACGUGCUGUUUUCGAGAGUCAUUACGAAUCGUCUCGCGCGCAGACUUGACGACUUCCAGCCUCCCGAACAAGCCGGUUUCCGAAAGGGCUUUAGCACCAUAGACCACAUACAUACCCUUCGGCAAGUUGUACAGAAGUCCGAAGAGUACAAUUUGCCACUAUGUCUGGCGUAUGUGGACUAUGAGAAAGCCUUUGAUUCCGUCGAAAUUUGGGCGGUGCUGCAGUCCCUUCAGCGGUGCCAAGUUGACUGUCGGUAUAUCGAAGUGUUGAAGUGCUUGUACAGUAGGGCUACGAUGGCUAUCCGAGUACAGAACCAGAGUACGAAACCUAUCCAAUUGCAGAGAGGUGUAAGACAGGGUGACGUCAUAUCCCCGAAACUCUUCACCGCUGCAUUGGAAGACGUUUUCAAGCUUCUGGACUGGAAAGGAUACGGUAUCAACAUCAAUGGCGAGUACAUCACUCACCUUCGAUUUGCCGACGAUAUAGUCCUUAUGGCAGAAUCGCUGGAGGACCUAAGCACUAUGCUCAAUGACCUCAAUAGUGUUUCCCAACGGAUAGGUCUUAAGAUGAACAUGGACAAAACUAAGAUCGUGUUUAAUGUCCAUGUCACACCUAUGCCGGUAGUUGUUGGGAACACUAAGCUCGAAGUUGUUGACGAGUAUGUUUACCUGGGACAAAUAGUCCGACUAGGUAAGUCCAACUUCGACCGAGAGGUCAAUCGACGGAUUCAACUCGGCUGGGCAGCGUUCGGGAAGCUACGACACAUCUUCUCGUCAGACAUACCUCAAAACCUUAAAACGAAAUUGUACAACCAGUGCGUGUUGCCAGUGAUGACUUACGGAACUGAGACGUGGUCCUUCACUGCUGGCCGUAUGAGGAAGCUCAAGGUCGCUCAGCGAGCUAUGGAGAGGGCUAUGCUCGGAGUUUCUCUGCGUGAUAAACUUAGGAAUGAGGAUAUCCGCAGUAGAACCAGAGUGACCGACAUAGCCCAACGGAUUAGUAAGCUGAAGUGGCAGUGGGCCGGCCAUAUAGCUCGAAGAACCGACAACCGAUGGGGAAGAAAGGUUCUCGAGUGGCAGCCUCGUACCGGUAGGCGAAGUGUAGGGCGUCCCCCCACGAGAUGGAGUGACGACCUGGUAAGACAUGCAGGAAGUCGAUGGAUGCAGGUGGCUCAGGACCGUGUUUUGUGGCAUUCUUUGGGGGAGGCCUAUGUUCAGCAGUGGACUUGUGAAGGGCUGUAAUGAUGAUGAUGAUGAUGAUGACAUGCAGCAUAGGAAGGUUGAUUAAAAAAAAAUGUCUAAAUCAAUCUAAAUGUUUCGAAGUUAUGCGCAAUAAAGGAACAAACAUAACUUCAUAUACAGGCUGGUUCAAAAUAAAAAUAUUUUUGUAUGAGUGAGAGAAAUGUAUUACUAAAAUAUAAAAAUAGUAAUAAUUUAAUAAUAAAUGUAGGAAAUAUUAGGCAAUAAAAUAACAUGCUCUAGCUGUCGUUGUUUCUAAGUGUGCUUGUAUUUUACAACUUUUAAUUCUUUUUAUCUACAUUUUUGUUUAUAGGUUAUAUUUUAUUUAUUCUAAUAAACAGUUUUUUUAU